AUGCGCCUUGCACAUCUCCCCCGCGGCCUCACCACCCUAGGCUUGGUGGCGGCCGGCCUCUUCCCGGCUGUCUUGGCCGACACAUCCAAGGUCCAGACCCUCGCUGUCGACGGCACUUCCUUUGCCCUCAACGGCGAGGGCGUAUCGUACCGGUUCCACGUCGACAACACAACCGGCGACCUCCUGGGCGACCACUUUGGCGGCCUCGUCCCCGAGAACGGGCUCAUGCAGCCCGUCGGUCCCGUCCAGGGCUGGGUCAACGUGAUUGGGCGGCAGCAGCGCGAGUAUCCGGACCUGGGUCGCGGCGACUUUCGCACGCCCGCGUUUCAGAUCCAGCAGGCGUCGGGCACGACGGUGAGCGAGUUGAAAUACCAGUCGCACGAGACGGUCAACGGCAAGCCCGCGCUCAAGGGCCUGCCGUCGACGUUUGGGAGCGACGACGACGUGUCGACGGUCGUGGUGCACAUGUAUGACAACUACAGCGCCGUCGCGGUGGACCUCAUGUACAGCAUCUUUCCCAAGUACGAUGCUGUUGUACGCAGCGUUAAACUGACCAACAAGGGUGCGUCGCCGCGUGGAAUACGGCUCGCAGGGAUUCGCUAG